AUGCGUGCGCUUGCUCCCGGCACCGUCGUGGAUUGCCGCGCAGGGGCACCGUCGCUGCACGCGCCCGGCAAACCCGCCGCGGCCCCCGCCCCCGCCGCCGCAAGGUCUUGCCGGGUGCUGUUGUCACGGCAUGGAGGCGGGAAUGGAGCGGGGACGUUCGCUUCGCAGCCCCGGGCGGGCAGGCGAUUACCAUACCACACGUCUUCGGUCGGGAGGCUGGCGAUGAUGAUGAUGGCUGCUGCGGGGGAAGGGGGGGGUUGCGAGAUGGAGGGGGAGGUUGUUGGUGACGGUGCAGAGUCCGCGCCAGUCGCUCGAACAGAAGAUGAAGGCGCUAGGGAUGCCGGCGGGACAGAAGCCGACCAACCAGCACCUGUCCCUGCGAGCAGCGAGGAACAAGGCGGUGGCGUGCGAAGCAGCAUCAGCAGCGCGAGCAGUAGCGUUCCUGGUAGCGGGGACCCCGUGGAGGAGGUGGGGGGCAGGGGAAUCAUCGGUAGGCGAAGAGAGGUGCCGCUGACGGAGAGGGAAGGGUUUGCCGUGGUGAAGAAGGUGCUGCCGGGGGGUGGGGAGGGGCUGGAGAUGGACCUGGAAGGUUUGCGGAAUAUGCGCUCCAACGUCAACAAGGCUGACCUAUGA